GUGCUGUGGUGAAUGUAGCGCGUCGCACCGCUCCGGCGGACUCAGUCGCACGCUUGAGCGCGUAAUAUACGGAGUGCCACUGUGUGACAGUUGAGUGUGGGGAGUGAAGUGUUGUGAUUGUUUCUUGAAGCCACAAGUUGUAUUGUCAGCACAAUGUUGAACCCAUUUAUGGAUGGUGGGCACAUGGGUUCACUUAUGGGCCACAAGUUGAGUCCGCCCACCCAUCACAUGAGCGCGGACGGCCUGACCCACGCCCAGGGGAACCAGUACAACAAUGGGUAUGGCAUGUCGCAUCAUACCAUGCACCAUGGGCACAUGGGCACCUACCCCAGGGACCUCUUCCUCCGGCGGGACCACAUGGCGUCGCUGGGCACGUUGGGUACACACGAGCUGGCCAACAACCACCAACACACCAUGUUCGGGGCGACGCUGGCGGGCCACGAUCCCUCCUCCAUGAUGUUCCCCGGCCUGCAUGACGCCCACCACGGCCACAUGAACAACAUGAACAGACUGGCGGGGAUGGACUGGUCUCACCAACAGAUGGGUUCACAAUUUCAUCCCGGUAUGAACCACAUGAACAUGAACCCCAUGGCUGCCGCCCACGCCCCUGGGGCCUUCUUCAGGUACAUGCGGCAGCCCAUCAAGCAGGAGUUGUCGUGCCUGUGGGUGGAGCCCGACCAGCCCAACCCCAAGAAGCCCUGCAACAAGACUUUCACCAACAUGCCCGAAAUAGUGACGCACAUUACGGUGGAACACGUGGGCGGCCCGGAGUGUACCAACCACGCCUGCUACUGGCAGAGUUGUCCCCGCAACGGCCGCAGCUUCAAGGCCAAGUACAAGCUGGUGAACCACAUACGGGUACACACGGGAGAGAAGCCCUUCCCGUGUCCCUUCCCGGGGUGUGGCAAGGUGUUCGCCCGCUCAGAGAACCUUAAGAUACACAAAAGAACACACACGG